AGUGUUGAAGAAGGUGAGUUUUUUUAAGUUCCGUGUUGCAUCAUAGUAUCUACUAUUUUUUAUUCAUCGAGUUGGAGUUCGAGUUUAUUCGUAGAUUUCUUGUAAAAUCGCCGUUCGCUCAACCGUAGCGGCUUCUUCAUUACUAUACACGAAAAACAUCUAGCUCUGCGUUUGCCCAUCAUGAAAAAUAAGAAGUCGAUGAAGAUGAGCAAAGCCACCGCUUCGGUGGCGAAAACGGCGUCCGCAGCUGUCGUGGCAGGAGGAAAGAAUGCGCCAGCUGCAUCUUCAUCGUCCAGCGACAACCGCUUCAACCUGCAUGCGGCCCGGUUCAAGCAAGCUCCCCAGGAUGUGAAGAAGGUAAAGGUGGACCAGAGAUUUGCCAAGAUGUUCACCGAAGAAAAGUUCAACGAGGGUGGGAGUGGUGGCAAAGCGGCCGUGGACAGCCGCGGACGGCCUUUGAAGAAGGAGGUCGUGAACGAAGUAAAUGGAGGAGACCGGAAAAAUAAGAAGUCCCGGGGGGUUUCUUCGUCUAUUUCGCAGGGCGCCGGCAAGAUGAAAAUGAAGGAAUCUUCAAAUAAGCCGAUCAACCGCCAGCUGCAGAAGUUCUACGCGCUCGAACGAGAAGACAAAGCCGAGAAAGUGUCUUCGGACGAAGAGGAGGAGGAGGAGGAGAAUGUCGAGGAUUCCGUUGAGGAGCUCAGUGAGGGCGGGAAUGAAAAUGAUGCAGAAGAAAUUGCAACAGAUGAUGAAUCCGGAUCAGAAGCCGGCUCUUCGGACACGGAUUGGUCCGAGUUAUCCACAGAAAAAAAAGCCAUCCACAUCCAUUUUUUGCAUGACAAACACAGAAUUUUACGUAUGUUUUGCAUGACAAAUUGGAUGUGAAUGGGUGUUUUUUCCUGGAUACGAGUCAGAAGACAGCUACGACCCGGACGACACCAUUUGGGAAACCACCGGCUACUACGACGGCAAGCAAAUCGAGCGCACGGAGCACGACACUGGGAGCCGGCUGGCCUUCCAGACCCUGGAUUGGGACACGGUGACCGCCGAGGACAUUUUUCGGGUGGCAAAAUCCUUCAUCGCCAACAGUGGAAGUAGAAAUGCUAGUACUGGACAGAGCGGUGCGAACACGCGCGUGGGAAAGAAGCUGCUGAAUGCAGGAAAGAGUAGUAAGGGCGAGACAGAUCAUGCCGACGGCGAAAAUAGUAACUUGACAAACAAUGACAAAAUCCUUUACUGUCGCAUCUACCGGUCCGAAACGGGGGAGAAAGCGUUGGAAUACGAGGCGCAGCACGGGCCCGCGAUUCAGGAAAUGAAGAAAAAAAGAAACACUAGUUCUAGUAGUGCCACGACAGGGAAAAAUAAACAGGCCAAAGAAGGAGCAGGAGCUCCUGUUGAAGAUUCCGACGACGAAGAAAUGGAGAACGAAGAUGAUAAAGAAAUAAAUCCCGAUAUUAAUGCUACAAACGACGACAACGACUCUUCAUCCUCCGAGAACGAAGAGCAACAGGAGGAAAUCCGGAAGUACAAUAUGAGAGUGCACAACUAUUCCCUGUCCCCCUCAUUUCUAAUGCAAGAUACCAAAUCCACCCUUUGCCUCUCGGCACUUUUCGCAUGACACCUUCUGGCAGGAGCCCAAAUAGCACUACACUCCUGUCGUGCAAAUUUGUCGUGCAAAACCUGCACUCUUGCUGACACUUGUAUUGCCGUUCAUGCUAUUAAACAAAUGAGGGGGCGGGGAAGUUGUAGUUGUGCGCUGUCAUAUACAACCUGCGCAAACUGCAGUACUUCUUCGCCGUGAUCCAGCUGGACAGCAAGGAAACCUGCGGGAAACUGUACGAGGAGCUGGACGGGCACCAAAUCGACUCUUUGUGCAACGGGCGGCCGUUGGACGUGCGGCAAGUCCCGGACGAGAUGGGGGAAAUCGACCGGCCCGUUGUGGACGAGUGCACCAGCAAGGCGUUUGAGGAAACGCUGCACAAAAGCUCCCACAACACCGCCCACCUGACCGAAAACCAGUCGCUCCGCGCGGGCUUGGCGCACACGAAGGCGCAGUGCAACUGGGACGAGCAGCCCGCGCGGCGGAAAAAAGACCUGAUGAAGAAAUUUUCGAAAAAGGAGAUGGCGCUGAACGACUUGCAAACCUAUCUCGCGGACAGCGAUUCGGAGGAGGAUGAAAACUACGAAGGUGGUCAUCUUGAUGAAGAUGAACAGAACGAGCACGAUAGUGCGGUCGGGAUCUCUACUUCUUCUCGCGGCGAGAAAAACGGAAACGCCGGUGCUCAGAAGAAGAAGAAGCUCAGUAAGGAGGUCGAAGAGAAGCGGAAGCUGUUGCUGGGAGGUUUGUUGAAGAACGCGGAGGAGGAGGAUGCUGCUGACAGUAGCCCAGAAAAUGACUCUUCUGAAAACAACGGCUCAGAACUGGAGGAAGAGGAGGGUUCCUCCGAAAUAGAUCUUCCCGACACAGCAGCUGCUGACAAAAUGAUAAGUGCUGAAGAGGAAGAUCUUCCAGUGCUGGAGGAGGAAGAGGAGGAAGAAGAAGAUGACGACAUCCCAUCCGAUUUCUCGGUCGCGGCCAGCGACGCAGAGAAUGAAUAUCAACUGCAAAAAUGUCUGGGUCUGGAAGGAUCCAAGGUUUGUCAUGCACAUUUUGCAUGACUCCUGAUGUCCACUCAGAGUCAUGCUUAUUCCACUCAGAGUUUGCUGGGUAGGUGGCUACCGUUUUAAGUUUAUAAACGAAUGGGACGCCCUGCCCUUAGCCUUCCAACAUGACUCCUGAUGUCUGUGAUGCUGCAUGCCCUAGCAUCACAGAUUUUGCGAGGGCUUCCUGAUGCCUAUACCGCAUGAAAAAUGCUCUUUCUCUGUAGCAAGACUUGGUCUUGGACUCUCUUUGCUGCUCAUGCAAUACAGAUUUUUUUAGAAUCCAAAUGCAGCAUCACAAGUUCCAACUUUCCAGACCCAGACAUUUUUGCAAUCCAUAAUGAAACUAUGGGCGCAAUGGAGAUGACGUUCAACACCGAAACCGAGGCGGUUGCGAAGAAAGUCCAGGAGAAGGUCGACGAGCAACUGAAGAAAAACGCGGGCGGGAAGAAAAAUCUGCAGAAUAUGCAAAGUCUGAAGCUUGAACAGGCCUCCAAGCUGACCCCGUGGCAGAAGUUCCAGGAGAAAAAGAAGGAAAAACGGCGGGAAAAGAAGCUGGAGAUCAAAGACAAGCGGGAGGAGAUCAAAAAAGCCAUGCAGGAGGAGCUGGAGCAACAGAGUAUUACGGCUAUGAAGGGCAAGACAAAAAAGAAGGGAAAGAAGAGAAAAAAUGACGACGAUUCGUCCGAAGAGGAUUUUAUUUCCGAUGUUGAUGCUACACAAGAAGCGCACUCAACUACCAAAAGCAGCACAGCGACCAAAGAGCUCGCUUCGGACGACCGGUUUGCAAAAUUGUUCAACGACCCGGAAUUCGGCAUCGACCCCACUAGACCGGAAUUCAAUGACACGAAGACCAUGCGCGCGGUGCUAGUGGAGAAACGGAAAGUUGCGGCAAAGAGCGGUAACCGUGGGAAAAAGAACGCGGCAAGCGGAGCUUCAGUCUCUACUACUUCCAGCAAGCCACAAUCUGCAAACAACCCGAAUGCAGCUGCUGCAACUCAGGAAUCAACUCCGUCGUCAUCUGGUGCCAUAACUACAGCCAGCAAAAAGCGGCAGCGCGGCGAGGAAGCUGUUGGUGAGAAGGGAGGUGAAAAAAAGAACAAGUUUCAACUCUUCAGCAAGAAGCAAAAGCGAGGGUGAGCUGCGUACCGCAAGAAACUACAACGCGGGUUGCGUACAUCAUAGAUGCACCACCAGAGUAGACGGACACUACUAUUUACAAACAAAGUCUGCUCUGCACUGAAUCAGAGAUGAAUGGCGCAAAAAAAAUGAAGAUGCGUACAGUUUUCAUGCAACUUGACGAAUUGAUGCGAACGUGAUUGCGUACGAGGAUCAAGAUCUGAU